GAGGGGACAGACGGAGUUUCUUCUUGCUCUCCCUGAAUGUGUGUUCCAGGAGCUCAUGGAUUCCAGUGGAGGAGAGCUGGGAUAGAAGAGAGGAUCCCUUACCUAGAAGACAAGCGAGACUGAGCCAGCAAAGAAGAAUGAGAAGAUGGCAUUCCCCUUUGGGUCCCUGGAAACUACCAAUUUCCGUCGAUUCACUCCGGAGUCACUGGUGGAGAUUGAAAAGCGAAUUGCUGCCACACAGGCAGCAAAGAAAGCCAAAGAUAAGCACAGGGAGAAGGACCAAGAAGAGAAGCCUCGGCCCCAGCUAGACUUGAAAGCUUGCAACCAGCUGCCCAAGUUCUAUGGUGAGCUCCCAGCAGAGCUGAUUGGGGAGCCCCUGGAGGAUCUGGACCCUUUCUACAGCACACACCGGACGUUUAUGGUGCUCAACAAAGGGAGGACCAUCUCACGGUUUAGUGCCACUCGGGCCCUGUGGUUAUUCAGUCCUUUCAACCUGAUCAGAAGAACAGCCAUCAAAGUGUCUGUCCACUCAUAUCCUUUGCACUGUUGCUUCUUCCACAUGAUUCCUUUAAAAUCAGGCUUUGCCACUGUGUUCAGCACCUUCUUUCGAGGUUAG